AUGACAGCUUUACUCCCCUAUCUCUUGAUUUUCCCUCUUUUAUUUGCCACGUCAGUAGCAAUUGGAAAUGGCACGAAACAGGUUCCAGUGGUUAUAUGGCAUGGAAUGGGGGAUUGUUGUUGUAAUCCGUUGUCUAUGGGAUCAGUGAAGAAGAUGAUCCAAGAGGAAGUACCAGGAGUGUACGUACACAGUCUUGAAUUGGGAGGAAGUAUCACUAAAGAUAUCGAGCAUGGCUUCUUUGCAAAUGUCAAUGAGCUUGUUUAUAUGGCUUGUAUCAAGAUUCAAAAUGAUCCUGAACUCAAAAACGGUUACAAUGCAAUGGGAUUCUCGCAAGGGGCCCAGUUUUUGAGAGCAGUAGCGGAAAGAUGUCCAAAUCCUCCAAUGAAAAACUUUGUAUCAAUCGGUGGACAGCAUCAAGGAGUCUUCGGAGCACCUUACUGUAUUGGGGACAAUGUAAUGUGCAAUAGUAUGAGACGUCUUAUUGAUAUGGGGGCGUAUCUACCAUUUGUUCAAAAAAGGGUAGUACAAGCGCAGUAUUGGCAUGAUCCAAACCAGCCGGAAGAGUACAAGAAAAGAUCAAUCUUCUUAGCAGACAUUAAUAAUGAAAACAAGAACAACCCAACGUACAAACGAAAUCUUCUCAAUUUGAAAAACAUGUUACUCGUAAAGUUCAAUCAAGAUCAUAUGGUAGUUCCGAAGGAAUCCUCGUGGUUUGGUUUCUACAAAGACGGAGAUAUCGAUACGAUUCUCCCGAUGAAUGAGACUGAUUUGUAUCUUGAAGAUAGAAUUGGACUAAAAAAACUUCAUGAAAGCGGAAGAAUUCAACUCUUGGCAGUCGACGGAGAUCAUCUUCAAAUUCCAAGAUCAGUACUUGUCAACGACAUUAUCAAAAAAUAUUUUAUGUAA